CGAUCCUCCUCGAAUACGUUUGUGAUACGUCUCUCAAACUCAUCCAUGUAUCACGGUCCAGAAGCUCAUUGUGCGACUUCACGAAGCCAGACAACAACUUCUUGUCCUCGCUAGACUUGCUUGGAGCUGGCGUACUCGUACACUCAUUUCCGUUCUCCGCUAGACUCAGACAGGCAUCCGAAGCAGUGAUAUGUGGACCCAAUGCACUUGUCUCGCUGCGGUCUUAUUCGGUCUAUCGUCUGAGCUGACGACGUUGUUACCUCAAAGUUCAGACCCAGAUGUCCGUGGCCCUUCUUAAUUUGAACACCAAAAUCUUCUUGAUGAAUUCAAUAUCCACGGGUGCUAUGCAGAAUGAGUCUGGUCCAAUGUCCAUGUCUGCAGACGAUGGUAUGCUCCCACUGAGUCUAAGGCCGCAUGAAAGCGUGGGCCUUGAGGUCAUCCGUGCAACACUAUAUGUUAGCGAGUCUACACACCCUCUUCUGAUUUGCUGCACUGAACUAUGGGAAGACGUUGCUCUCACCUCUCACCUUUAGUGCUUUUCUCAUUGCGAUAAAUAACACGGAAAACCCCCUCUAUUAGAAGCCUUCAUCAAUGUGCCAUAAAUGCUUCGUACGGCUGAGCGGUUUCUGGAAUACAGUAGGGAUGGCGGACACUUAGCAAAGAUAAUGUGACCUAUCUAUAUCCACCAUGUUGCAAUCGUUUUUGAACCUUAACGUAGUCGAACAGAUUGCCUCGUGGUUGUCAUAUUUGAUGUUUUCUUCAAUUAUCUCACGUCCAUACUUUCCGCGUACAAAAGUCACGCAAUUCCGUCCUGCGGACCUCCGCAACACAAUCACUUUUCCACCGUUUAAGGACCUCCCCAAUGAGGAUGACAUUGACGAUGAAUACUAUUCCUUGGACCCAUAUACUAGCAUCUAUAGGCCAAAACGACACUGGUGUUUCCUUGGGGAGAUCGUCGAUGAGAUGUUUUUUGUGCGCUUACGACUGGACUUGCGCGACGCCGCCGGGGCACGCGUUCCCGCGCAUUUCCACACGGACGACUACGGGAGCAACUUUGCUUUGCGCUGUCGCAAGGGCAAGACGCUCGCGUUGCUGUAUGCGAACCGACAUAACUUCAUGGAUAUGUCUGUCGGACUGCGCAUCGAGGACGCCGAGAGCGCGAGCGUCCUUCCUUUCUCGAUGAAAGAGCUCUCGGAGGCGAACGCGCUCAUGUGGGAUAGUGUGAGCGGUUCAGAGCAGAAGGUGGAGGGCAAGCUGUGCAGCGGAUGCGGGAAGGGCGGCAAUCUCAGGGCAUGUAGCCAGUGCAAGUUGGUGUUUUAUUGCGGCACAGAAUGUCAGACCAAAGCGUGGAAGGAUGGACACAAGCGGAUAUGCAAGGCCGCCCGAGCAUUGGAGUGGUUCAGAUCUAAGAAGUGGGAAACAUAUGAGGGCAACUAUUUCUCGUGGUAAAGUCUGGAGCGGUCGAGGUUACUGAUGGUCUUGGUGACGGUAGUUCGAUAGACGUUCACAUUGAAUUUGUUCGAAUUCUGUUUGAUCCUGUUUCUUGGCUUGGUGUCUUGUGACUACUCGAUUCCCCUUGUAGCAGAUUGCAGUCAUGCAUGAGCGCUGCAGCGGUUGACGCCCGAGAGUCCCACGCUAUUCAUGGCAUCCACAUCUUCUUACCACCAUCUCGUAUUGUCGAUUCGGCAUCGGUUCAGUAGGCUGCAGCAAUAUUUUCAACA